AUGCCUCCGAAGCCUUCUGUUCGCGGCGAGUUCAUCGAGACUGAAACAGGCAACAAAAUCUCCCGCCGCGCCUCAAUCCUCGGCCCCAAACACAUCAUCCUCGCCGGCAAAUGCGUGAUCCAGAACGACGUUGUCAUCCACGGCGACCUCGUCCGCCCCGCCACCAGCGCCUCCUCGCACAAUCGCACUGCAUCAACGGCCACAUCCGACUCCAAAUCCGCGGACGCCACCUCAACCUCUUCGGCCCCCCAAAAUCAGACCUCAAUUCAUCUCGGUCGGCACGUCUACUUGUCCCCGGGUGUUGUUCUACACCCGCCUUCGCGUCUUCAGACCCCUACGGCUACCUCAACUAAUCCAACUCCCCAACCAAUAACGACCUACCUCCCCCUCACAAUCGCCUCACACGUCUUCAUCGGCGCUAGUUCCGUCAUCCGCGCCCUGGAGAUCAAGUCGCACGUAUGGAUCGGCGCGAACGUCACCGUGGGGAACAUGUGUAUCAUCAAGGAGAAUGUGAAGGUGUUGGAUGGGAGCGUGCUGCCGCAGGGGAGUGUGUGGGCGAGUGGGAAUGUGGUUGGGGGAAGGCCGGCGAGGGUUGUGGGAGUUGUGGGUGAGGGUUGGGGGUGGGGGAAGUGA